AGAUUUUCUUUCUUUCUUGUUUUGUUCUUUCAAUCUUUUUUUUUUUAUUUUAUUUUUACAUCCCUCCUUUACUCUUAGUCUUUAUUACUAUCCUUUUGGAGUGAGUGCUUCCUUCUCCACCCAACUCUCCACCCAGGUCCUCUUUCUGCCUUUUUGAGUGUGGUGCUCUGCUUUCAUUUCCUUUUUACCUCCACCCAUACCUCCACCUUUACCUCCACCCUGGCCCACCACUCACUCUGCUGCCCUAGUCUCAGCAGGCCUAGUCUCAGCCCUUCUGCAUACACAGCCACAGAGCUCUCAAACAGUUUCAUUAGUUUUAGAGAUAAAAUACUCCAAAUCCCUGGAUUAGACAAUAGAAUGCACACCUCAUGCUAUUUAUUUUUUUCUUCAGCCAGUUUCAGUUAGAAAGCAAACGUUUUUCAUCUUAGUUUUUUGUUUUAUUUUAAAUUCCCCUUUUUCUUUCCCUCAAAGUAGCCUUACCCUCUUUCAUUACAAUCACACAGGGACCCCACUUAUACCUCCUUUUCUUUCUUUAUUUUUCUGUCUCUCUGUCUAUCUGUGUGUGUGGGUGUUUUAUUUAUUUAUUUAUUUAUUUAUUCAUUUAUUUAUUUUAUUUUCUUUAAAUUGGAUGCUGUCAAUAUUAGAAUGCCACCCGCCCUUCUCUCCAUCGCCUUCUCUCCUGCCCUCUCUCACUCCUUCUGCUUCUUCUCUCUGUUUAAACACUGUGCUUCAUCCCGGCCUGGCCUUCGCGCCGGCGCCCCUCCACACACUGGAAGAAAGGCUGGGGCCUUCAGUGUCUCCCCAAAGGCAUAAUCUUUAAAUACAGAUUGUUGUUUUGGCAUGUUGUUCCUUUAGAGUCACGGAGGGAUUAUGCUGGCUCGGUCUUGAAAGAAACACGAUGGACUGAAUGAUUUAUUAUUUUUGUAAAAUGAAGUUAGAUGAUCUUUGCAUUGCUAAAAAUAAGAUGGCUUCUAACCAAGACGUGUCUCGUUUUCUGUUUUUCGUGAGAAACUGUUCAUUCAUAGUUUCAACUUUCAACCUAAAAUCUAAAAAAAAAAGCACCCAUUUUGGCUGAAGCUGCAUAUUUUAAUUUGUCCACCGAGCGUUAGGAGAAAGGGUACCUGUCGUAUGGGUACCUGCAAAUUUUUACUUAUUUAGGUCAGUAUGGGGUAAAGUCCCUUAGUGGUGGAUCUGUGGGAGAAUCAGAUGUUCAGAGCAAGUUGCUAAAAUACAGACCGAGAGAGAAAGAGAGAGAGAUAUAUAUCUAUAUCUCCUCGCAGGUUAGAAGCCCUCUUAUUUGGUGGCUUUUUGGGGGGAGGAGUGGGGAGGAGCAAUGGGGUUCCAGCACCCCCCUCAUUGGCUCUGUCGCUCCGACCCCCCCGCGCGCUUGCUCAGGGCCCGUGGAGUGCGCGCGCUCAGAGCUGCCUAUCUGACCCUCCAGCCAAGCCAUCAGACGCUCUGAGGGCCACACAGUGUCUUAGUUAGUCUCCAGCCCCACUUUAAGUCCCUACAGCGUCCCCGUGUUCCACUGUUAAGCUUUAUCUUCCCUCCCUUUACUUCUGUCCUCACUGCAGACUAGCUCUUUGGCGUUUGGGAGGUUUCGGGUUUUCUCUAUUAUCAACACUGUGAUGUUCGCCCUGGGCUGAGCCAGACAGGCAGCUCUCUAUUUGCACUCCACUGCACGCGUCAGAUGCGAUGAUAGAGAGAAAGAAACACACAUGCACAGCACAAGCAUUGACCUCUUUAUUUCAGAGUUGUGGAGGCUUCUAGAUACAGAUCAUUAAAUCACAAGCUUUUUUUCUUUACCCAUUGGCCAGGACUCAAGAAAACAAGACAGGAUAAAGCAAACAAAUGUAUUAAACCAUGUUAUCUAAGAGUUGAAAUUAACAGACGGAAAAGAAUUCAUGAUUAUUUUUUCCCCCCUCACUUUUUCUCCAACUUUCUCCAAGUAUGAUUGAUUGAUUAAUGUCAUUACUUAAUAUUAUCCCCAAACAAAUGUGUUCAGUUAAUUUGGGGAAGAUCAAGCCAGUUAGCCUCCCUCCUUUAUCUUUAUCUACAUAAGAAGAUGAUGAUUAUAAUGAUGAUGAUGAUAAUGAUAAUAAGGUUAAUCAAAUCAGUGUGUUUUUAAAGAAGAAACAUAAAACAAAGCCUUUCUUCUCUCUCGCCCCCCUGUAAGCAUUUCUUUUUACUUUUUUGAAGUUGAAAUCCUAUACAUUGCAUGAGUGACAACUGCGUAGGAUGUUUUAUAUUAUUAUUCAUUUCAUUUUUCCUUUUUUGGUUUGUUUCUGUUAAUAGAUUUUUUUUUUAUAUCCAUAUGAGAAAAAUGUAUUGAUUGCCAACUUUUACUAACGGUCUUGUUUUCUUAUUUUGUCUCUUUUGGUUUUUUCCACCACUGAUAUUGUUAUUUAGAAGGUUUCAGGUGGGUGACACUAUUCCUGCGUAGGUGCGGUCCGGCGGAAAGGAACACUAGGGCAGCAUCAGUCCUCUCCUCUUCUUCCAGCUGCGGCCGCCCCCAGACAAAGUCCAAAAAUAUGGCCUGCUACCUGAAGGCCAUCGAGACUCAGCCAAACUUUGCCGUGGCGUGGAGCAACCUGGGCUGUGUGUUUAAUGCUCAGGGAGAGAUCUGGCUGGCCAUCCAUCAUUUUGAGAAGGCAGUGACUUUAGAUCCCAACUUUUUGGAUGCUUACAUCAAUUUGGGCAAUGUUCUUAAAGAAGCCCGUAUCUUUGACAGAGCUGUUGCUGGAUAUUUGCGAGCCCUGAGUCUGAGUCCAAACCAUGCCGUGGUUCACGGUAAUCUGGCGUGUGUGUACUAUGAACAGGGAUUAAUCGAUCUUGCCAUCGACACCUACCGACGUGCCAUCGAGCUGCAGCCUCACUUCCCUGAUGCUUACUGCAACCUUGCCAAUGCUUUGAAAGAGAAAGGCAAUGUAUCUGAAGCAGAGGAAUGCUACAACACGGCUCUGCGUCUGUGCCCCACACAUGCAGACUCCCUCAACAACCUGGCCAACAUCAAGAGAGAGCAGGGCAACAUCGAGGAGGCUGUUCAGCUCUACAGGAAAGCUCUGGAGGUGUUCCCAGAGUUCGCUGCAGCUCACUCCAACCUGGCCAGUGUUCUUCAGCAGCAGGGCAAACUGCAGGAAGCCCUCAUGCACUACAAAGAAGCCAUCAGGAUCAGCCCCACCUUCGCCGAUGCGUACUCCAACAUGGGAAACACCCUGAAAGAAAUGCAGGAUGUGCAGGGAGCGCUGCAGUGCUACACACGGGCCAUUCAGAUCAACCCCGCUUUUGCAGAUGCUCACAGCAACUUGGCUUCCAUCCACAAGGACUCUGGAAACAUUCCAGAAGCGAUCGCCUCUUACCGCACUGCUCUGAAACUCAAGCCUGACUUCCCUGAUGCUUACUGCAAUCUGGCACACUGCCUACAGAUUGUGUGUGACUGGACGGAUUAUGAUGAGCGCAUGAAGAAGUUGGUGAGCAUUGUAGCCGAUCAGCUGGAGAAGAACCGUCUGCCCUCAGUUCACCCUCACCACAGCAUGCUGUACCCGCUGUCCCACGGCUUCCGCAAAGCCAUCGCAGAGAGACACGGCAACCUCUGCUUGGACAAGAUUAAUGCUCUUCAUAAACCUGCCUACGAGCAUCCCAAAGACCUGAAAGCCAGCGGAGGCCGUCUGCGCGUCGGAUACGUCAGCUCAGACUUCGGCAACCACCCGACUUCUCACCUCAUGCAGUCUAUUCCUGGCAUGCAUAACUCAGAGAAAUUUGAGGUGUUCUGUUACGCCCUCAGUCCUGACGACAGCACAAACUUUCGAGUGAAAGUGAUGGCCGAGGCUCAUCAUUUUACUGACCUCUCACAGAUCCCCUGCAACGGUAAGGCUGCUGACCGAAUCCACCAGGAUGGAGUUCACAUCCUUGUGAAUAUGAACGGAUACACCAAAGGAGCUCGAAACGAGCUGUUCGCCAUGCGCCCAGCUCCCAUUCAGGCUAUGUGGCUGGGAUACCCAGGCACCAGUGGAGCUCCUUUCAUGGACUACAUAAUCACAGAUAAGGAGACUUCACCAGCUGACCUGGCUGAGCAGUACUCUGAAAAGAUGGCCUACAUGCCCAACACUUUCUUUAUUGGAGACCAUGCCAACAUGUUCCCACACCUCAAGAAAAAGGCAGUGAUUGACUUCAAAUCCAAUGGACACAUUUUCGACAAUCGCAUUGUUCUGAACGGCAUUGAUCUCAAAGCUUUCCUGGACAGCCUGCCAGAUGUGAAAGUCAUAAAGAUGGAGUGUGAUGGUCAGGAGGCACCAGACAGUAAUGGAGCUCUCUCUAUGCCAGUCAUCCCUAUGAACACUGCAGCUGAGGCUAUUAUCAACAUGAUUAACCAGGGCCAGAUCCAGGUCACCAUCAAUGGUUUCACUGUCAGUAACGGCCUGGCAACCACUCAGAUUUUUACUCUCGAGGAGGUUGUAGUAUCUGGGACUGUAGCCUUGCAGAUCAAUAACAAGGCUGCCACAGGCGAGGAGGUUCCCAGAACGAUUGUGGUGACCACCCGUUCUCAGUAUGGACUUCCAGAAGACUCCAUCGUCUAUUGUAAUUUCAACCAGCUGUACAAGAUUGACCCUCCAACUCUGCAGAUGUGGGCUAAUAUUCUGAAGCGUGUACCCAACAGCGUGCUCUGGCUGCUGCGCUUCCCGGCUGUGGGUGAGCCCAACAUUCAGCAGUAUGCUCAGAACAUGGGUCUUCCUGGAAGCCGCAUCAUCUUCUCCCCUGUGGCUCCUAAAGAGGAGCACGUACGGCGCGGUCAGCUGGCUGACGUCUGCCUCGACACGCCGCUCUGCAACGGCCACACUACCGGCAUGGACGUGCUCUGGGCCGGAACACCCAUGGUCACGAUGCCAGGUGAGACGCUCGCUUCCAGAGUUGCUGCUUCUCAGUUAACCUGCCUCGGCUGUCCGGAGCUCAUCGCCCAAAGUCGGCAGGAGUACGAGGAUGUAGCUGUUAAACUCGGCACUGAUUUGGAAUUUCUGAAGAAGAUCCGUUCUCGUGUUUGGAGGCAGCGUAUCUGCAGCCCGCUCUUCAACACCAAGCAGUACACUAUGGACUUGGAACGGCUCUACCUGCAGAUGUGGGAGCAUCACGCCAGCGGCGCUAAACCUGAUCACCUUCUCAAGAUUCAGACAAUCGAGAGCAGCGAAAGCACCUGAACUGUCUCCUGUCCGCAUGCCCCGCCCCCUCCUCUGACCUUUACCCCCUCCCCCUUCAGUCAGCUACCUAAUCUAACCCCUCCCCCCCCCCCCGAGCACCCACCCCCAGGUUUUUCACUGUCAGAGACUCUAUAGAGCCUGCAGUUCAGCACCAUCAUGAUGAUCUGAGUAUCUGUUCUGCCGCAGCUUUCAUUCCCGUGAGCCAGAGAGGAGAGAAACACUUGAACUCCUGUACUGAGACUCUUCUUCUCUCCUCCUCUUCUUCGCUCCGGCUGCUUCUCUCUUCUGCUUGUGUGUGGAAUCUGAAAGGGACGUAAAAAAAAAAGUCCCUUCAUGUUAAAUUGUGAUCUACGUGUCUAUAGAUGAUGAAGGUUUUUGUUGUAUUCGAGGGUCAGAGUGAUGACCCGGGCCCGGUGAUGCACCUUGGAACUUUGGUGUGCUUCUAAAAUGAAUGAAUGAUUGAUUGGCUUUACGAACGCUCUGUACGCUAAUACGAACUUUAGCCUUUUUUAGUUGGCAGAUUUGCUUCUUUAUCAGUUUUAGCCUGUUCAUCAUGACCCUGAAGUGAUGUGGGAGUGAGGUGUGGAUGGAUUUGAUCACUUUGCCCCUCACUAAUCGCCAACGUCUCGGUUUCUUUUUCAUGUUUCAUUAAUAUCGAAGCUCUCUCGGGUUGUGUCUUUUCACGAAACACGAUGCUACAGAAUUUUUUUGGGACGAAGUAAACUGGAGAGCUUCUCAGUCAGUGCACAGCGUGAAAACGGUCUGCAGAAUACCCCAGUAUUUGACCCCUCUCGCUAAUUUGUUUUAUUAUUUUUACCAGGAAAGGUGUAGGUAAGUAUUUUCUAAGCUGUCUUCCUGUCAAUCAUUUUAUUUAUGUCCUGUCAAAAAAAAAAGUUCUGCGAGGCUCUUAAAAACUGAAAUAAAGAAAUGUGGCAAACCUUCA